AUGUGGUUCGCUCAAGCGGAAGCUGUGUUUGAUAGACAUGGAAUUGAAAUGGAAUUAGCAAAAGUUCAAAUCGUUGCUCAAGUAGAUUCGGAAUCGCUUCGUUGCGUGCGACACAUCGUUAUGGCAAAUCCAGAACCGGAAAACGUGUACACUCAAAUAAAAAACGAAUUAAUAUCUCAUUUCGCAAUUUCUAAAGAAUCUCGAGUUUUACAAAUGAUCCGAGGAGACGUUAUAAUUAGUGGGAAACCGUCACAAAUGCUAAGUAGACUUAGAAGUUUAAAUACAGGCGAGUGUACUGACGACGUACUAAAAGCAAUUUUUAUUUCGAAACUUCCCCACCAACAUCAAUUAGCUCUUGCAUCUUUUAAUCAAUUACCAUUGAACGAAUUAGCUGAAAAGGCCGAUAGUAUGGCAGAUAUAGAUAGAUUAGCUAGUAUUCAAAACGCGGCUGUUAACAUAGAGGCUCCUCCAGCCCCAGCGACCGAUAAAGUCGAAAUUUUAGCGGCUGAGGUAGCAUCUUUAAAAGCAGAAUUUGAAAAAUCAACAAACCGCAAAUCUCGCGAUCUUAAACGUAAUGAUUAA